AUGACACAACAAAUGCCAGAUAUUGAUGGCAGAUUAAAUAAUGAAACUAUAGAGUGUAAAUAUGUAAUCGAAGUUGACUCAGCUAGUGAAGCGCUAUCGUCGAAUGAAUUGUCUGCGGAACGUAAGAAUGGUUUCUUAGGAGAUGGAUAUUUUAGUAUUGUUAAAGUCUGUAAAAAUGUCUCCAAUAACAGAUUAUAUGCAAUGAAGAUAGUAAGUAAAGCUGCUGUCGGUAACAGAAUGGAAAUCAUAGGGAGAGAAAUCCAUAUUCUAAAGAAAUUGAAGGACACUAUUGACCAUUUAGAAAAAUAUAACAUUAUCAAUAAUAUCAAGAAAAAAGAUGCGUUUAGAGGUUAUCAUCAUAUCUUACAAUUAUUUGACCAUUUUGAAACUUUCGAUUCGAUUGUCCUUAUUACACAGCUGUGCAGAGAAAUUGAUCUAUAUGAGGAAAUUGUAGCUAAUACAGUAUUAAAUUUGAAGCAUAAAGUGAUUCCAUACCUAGCGUGCAUUAUAAGUGCAAUUAAAUUUCUACACGAUAAUAAUAUCAUCCAUAGAGAUAUCAAAGCUGAGAAUUUCUUUUUUAGAAGAAAGACAUCAAAAACUUCAGAACCAAAUGCACAUGAUUUAAUAUUGGGAGAUUUUGGUUUGGCAAUUAAUUACUUGGAAGAUAAAAAAAGUUUACGAGAAUAUGUGGGAACUUUGUCUUACAUUUCACCAGAAAUUGUUGCCUGUAAUAUACUGAAAGGAACUAAAAGUACGGUAGAUUAUGGGUAUGGAGUGGAUAUUUGGGCAAUAGGCGUGUUAACUUAUUUCAUGGCAUUUGGAUACAUGCCAUUUGAUUGUGAAACUGAUGCUGAAACCCAUGAAUGUAUUCAAAAUGGUGACUAUUAUAAAGAUCAAGAUUGUUUAGAAAAUGAAAAGUACGAGGAAGUUUGGGAUUUUUUACGGUUGUGCUUUAUUGUUGAUAUAAACAAGAGGCCGACUAUUACAGAGUUACAAAGUCAUAGUGUUGUCUGUAGCUAUUUCGACAUAUCACCUACUACAAAAUCAAAAUCUUCAACACAUUUACUUUCAUUAACAAACACCGGCUCAAUAAUAAAGACAAGAAAAUCAUCUAAUUCUAUCCAUUCUUUAAAGAAACCAACCAAAAAUGUGUCCAAUGCAUCAUUGAGUUCACUAAACAGAUCUAAAAACAAUUCGGUAGAAAGCCUCAAAAACAAAACCCUUAUGAAGACAUUAUCAAUGACGACUUUAAAUCAAAUCAAUAGUUAUGAUAAAUCGACAUUUGUAUUACUUCCAAAACCUUUAGAAAACGACCUCAUGAAUGGUAAAUUAAGUGAAAAGCCAGUAGCAAACAGUGUAUUUUCAAAAAAUGAACAAUCAUUCGACGCUAGUAAACUAGAAAAGCCAUUACUUUCUGUUAAAGAAGAAGAUUCCGCAAUACCAAGUUCUCUCUCAUUACAUAGUAAAGAUGGUUCCUAUUCACAAAAUAGCUCUGAAUCCUUAUCGGAUUUCGGCAAGCUACAUUUAAUGUCCAAUACCAAUAAACCGAUAUUCGAGCUCUGA